UAGGGAAAUGAAAGCUAACACGUGGAAAUAGUGAAUUGUCGUAUUUUGCUUUUACUUCAGGGUGGUUUAGUGCCUUUUUUAAACCGUGCCUUGUCAACGGCGACUCCGUAUAUUUCUCGAAAAGUGACAGUUUCCUCUCAGCAGGCUCGUGAGCGGGUUUAUUUCACUAUGGCGGACAACGUAGACGAUGAUUCUCUGUACAGAAUUAAAGAGGGGGACUACGUUGUGUUGAAACGGGGAGAUAUCUUCAAAGCUGUGCAAAUUCAGUCAACGAAGAAGGUGAUUUUUGAGAAGCAGUGGUUCUUCCUGGAUAACGCCGUGGAUCAGCUGUACAGCAGCACGUUUGAGAUCCUUGCUGGAGGGAUCCUGCAGCCUCUGAAGCCCAAAGACACAGAGAGCUCCACCGGUGUGUCACCUGCUGUUAAAUAGACCCACACACAGUGUCGGGGAGACAAACUAUCACCUACUGCACAAUGAAAAGUAGCUAAAUUACAUCUUAAAGGGAUAAAU